GUGUUCCGUUUGCUGCUGUUGACGGAACACAGGCGUGAGAGCGCAGAAGCUAGAGACCGCACAGACGACAGGUUGAACAUCGGAUUCUUCUUAGUCCAAAAGUCAGGAUAUGUCUGUAAGGAUGGAAAUGGAUAUCAAUGGAGUGUCAAGGGCACACGUCUCUAUUCUUCCUGCAACUGAGAUCAAAGCUGCAUUAAAACCAGAAGCAGAAAGACCUCGCUGUGCCAGCACUCCAUGUUCACCUAUUAGAGGUACUGUUGCAGGAUACCAGAUCCUGCACAUGGACUCAAACUAUCUGGUGGGCUUCACCACUGGGGAGGAGCUUCUCAAACUGGCCCAUCAGUGGUCAGAAGGCACUCCGGAGAAGGGUUCUGUAUCAGAAGCUGUGUCAAGCUCCAUCCAGAGCACUGUCCCAAAGUCUGUAGACUUGGACAUCCACCGUUCUUCAAGAAUCUGCAAAAGCAAAAGUCGCUACUACCAACCCUACGACAUUCCUACUGCCAGUGGGCGGAGACGGAGGCGUAUGCCCAGCUCGAGCGACACCUUUCUCAGGUCCCUGGCCCACGGGGAGCCAGGGAAGGGUCAUCAUGCAACACUACCCCUAUGUCUGCUUAAAGGGAAGAGGGCCCAGUCCAAGUCUCUGGACUACCUUAAUUUGGACAAAAUAAGCAUCAAAGAGUCAUCAGACACUGAGGUGUUACAGUACCAACUGCAGCACCUUACCCUGCGAGGGGAGCGCAUGUUUUCCAGAAACAAGACAUAAAAGCACAGUGGGAGGCCCUUUUUAGGCAUCUUUCACCUGUUUGGGGAUUUAGGUGCUAUUUCCAGCUUGGUUUCUUUUUAUUGUUCUUUAAGAAGGCAGUCUGAUUAUCUUGUAAUUCUAUUAACUGGGGGUUUUACCUUGUACUGUACACAUAACAUGAAGAAAAUCUUUAAAUCACUCCUCACAUUGUAAUGAGGUUGUUGAGGUUAAAUAAUGUGAAUAAUAUAAACUUAGCAAUAACUGGUAAACCUAUUUAUUGACUGUGUUGUGUGUUUUUACUGUUCAACAACACACUAAUAUUAUCAGUUUACAGCUGAUGAAAGCACAUAUCCCUUACUGUAUCAGCUUUAAAAUGCACCAUUGCUAUAUGUCCAAUAAUAGUUGAUCUUUGAGGAGUUGUGUUAGUGAAAGUUGUGUGAUUUUCUUUUUUUUCUUCUUCAGAUUAUGGCGCUGCAUAUAACUGUCAAAUUAGCGUUUGAUAUACUUAAUAAUAGUACUUAAAAAUAUUUUUAUUAUUGCAGUGUCAUAAAUACAUGCUAAAAUUUCAGCUUAAUGGCCAUCAGAGCAUGAAGGGAAAUGGAAGUAUUAUUUUUUUUUAUAUAGGAGUUGGCAGGUGAUUGGCUUAAAGGGUCACGUAGUAAUUAAUUUCCUGAGGUCCUAUAUACAUCUUUAUUGACAACAUGACAAUGACCAAUAACAGAGGAAAUGGCAGUUCCCUGAAAUUGUAACUCCUUGACCCCCCUGCUUCCCAAUUCUCCAGCUUGUGAUGGAAAUUAUUCUCAGCGUGCCUUUUUGAAGGAUAUCCCAAUUCCCAAAAUGCAAAUAAUGAGUGAGGAGGCUCCCUGGAGGAACUAUAAUUGAGGAUACACCGAUGUAUCAUUUAAAUGUCUUUUCACUUUUGGUAUGUAAAUCAAGAGGCGCAAGAGAAAGAGAGAGUAAAUACUGUAGAUAUAGGAAUAAGAAUGUCAAGAUGUCGCACCUUUUUAUUUGUUGUAUUUAACAUACACAAACAUAUAUAUAAAUAUAUGAUGUCUGUAUGAAAAGAACUAUACAAAUAUAUGCAAUAUUAUAUAGCCUAUACAAACGCACUCCAUUAUUGAUGCAUGAAUUGGCUCUUUAAUUCAAAUCUGCGUGUAGGCUUGAAAUAAUACACCAUUUACCCACAAAUUAUUUUCUCCGAUUUAGAGACCCAGAUGGACAUUUGACUGCAGUUCACGACAGUUCCUUUAUUCUGCGUUGCAUUUUAAAUGGUGUAUUGUAACACUGUGCAAGUGUUUUCUUUAAAGAUUAGAGAGGCUGCUUGUAAAAAUUUCCAUGCGCGCAGUAAUGUCACUGCAGCUGACUACGUCUGACAUUUUAGCA